AUGGUUACUUGCACGACAAAGAAGACGUUGCCAGUUCCAAGCGCCCACCAGGCUUUACUGGAUGAUUUUGAAGAUCUGGCUCCCAUCAGUUGGGCACGGUCCCGCCUCAAGCCUGCCAUUGCCUGGAAUGACACACAGCUUUCCGUUAUCACUCCUGGGGGCGAAUUCAAAGGACGUCUGCGUCGCAUUGAAGGGGAAAGUCUGCCCCGCGUUGGUCUUACCCUCGCCAGCUGCCCUUCCGCCACAGCUAAACACCGUCACCGUGUCACCGGGCUGCCUCCUCGUGUCUGGGGAGACGCAGCCGUUAGUCAGGCUGCUGACCAGAAGUGCGGCCCCCUUGGCGUCGUUGUGCUUGCCAGCCGUGAUCAGAUCAAACUUUUCGUUGGGGGUUCCGGAGCAGUCCACCAGGGAGACGGGGAUCAGGUUCUGUCGGAAGUCGCCGGCCGUUGGGUCCACAAACAGACACUUGCCGCCGGACGUCUGGAUGGAGACCCCCGUGAAGGCUCGCGUCGCCGUGUCGUCCCGCUCGUUCGCCUCUGCAGCCGCGGUCGGGUUGAGGGUUCCACCUGCUCGCGAGACGGGCACGGCAGACGUCGGGUUGGGGAUGGCCACGACCGCGUUGCCGUUCCCACUGCCACUUUCUGGGGCAGCCGUUGGCGCUGCUGCCGGCUGCUCCGUCGCCGGACUUUGGGUGGGUUUCGCGUUUGCGGUGCCGGUCUUGCUCGCGAUGGGCUUUGCCACCUCAACGCUGCCAGCUCCCGUGUUGUUGUUGUUGUUGUUGUUGCUGCCGCUAGCCGUGCCGCCGCUCAGAGUGAAGGUCUGGCUGGCAUCUCCACUCUGACAGGGCGCGACGUCGAUAACAUCUCCCUUCACCGUGAAGCACGUGUCUGGAGAAUUGUCGGGGCGGAACGUGAGCGGGCCGACGCCACCGGAAAACGGAAACAACUGCGAGUUGGUUACCUUGCCGCUGCCGUCGGCGCGGCCACCGCACGAAAACAGCAGCGCCUGGUUGCCGGCCUUGCGGCGGGGGUCAAAGUUGAAGCAGGCCUGCGUCAGGGUGCUGACGACGAGCGCCGACCCGGACACGUCGUUGUGCACCCCUUUGGUGAUGACGUCCCAACCCUGGCCGUCUGUGCUUCCGCACUCGGAGACCUGGAUCGGGGUGAGGUUGGCGCGGAAGUCGCCCGAGAACUUGUCGACGGACAGACACUUGCCAUCUGA